CCAAAACCUUUUGUCACAAUGGUGUUUAAAUUAAAAUUCGUUUUGUGUUUUGUUGUAAUAAUUAAGACAGUUUAUGCAAACAGCAGAGUGGUAAAUGGGUCAGACGCAGAGGAGGGAGAAUUUCCAUAUGCGGUAUCCUUAAGGAGAAUGAACAGUCACACAUGCGGUGGAACCAUUUUAAACGAGAAAUACAUCCUGACAGCUGCCCAUUGCGUUUGUCGAGACCAAAAGGCACAAAACAGUUCUUUGUUCUCCAUACAAUACGAUUUAUUGACCAUCACUACUGAGCCAACAAAUGUAGUGCCUGUAAAAGAAAUCCAUUGCGAUCAGUUUAGUUCUGAAAAACUAAUUUUCGAUUCUGCUGUAUUAGAACUGGAAUUUCCCAUCCCACAAGGAAAAUGGAAGCCAGUGAAGAUAGCCAAAAAUUUUCCGACAGAAAAAAGGCAAACCGGAACUAUUAUAGGCUGGGGAAGAUUAUACCACGGCGGACCUUUGUCAAAAAAUUUACAAAAACUGAACGUUGAUAUAUACAGUGACGAAACAUGUGGCAGAAAAUAUGAUAUAAAGCAUCAUAUUUGUUUUGGAGCAAUGGUUGGGGGAGCAUGCAACGGUGAUUCUGGUACAGCCUUGAUUGUAGACGACGUCCAAGUUGGUAUUGCGUCUUUUAUCACUGAUUUAUGUGGAAUUGCUAACGAAAUGCAUCCAAAUGUUUAUUCUAGAAUUUCUACGUAUUACGAAUGGAUUCAAAAGAUAUCAGAAAUGUAAUUUUGUUAAAAAAUAGGAAAUGUCUAGUUUAGUGAUUGUGAUUUCUUUUAUUUCAAUAAACCUA